AGUUGAGGAGGUCACCAGUUUGCGGGCCUUUCGAAGAGUAUAUAUUGGGGUCGAAGCAGUAGAGUCUCGACCUCCGACACCGGCAAUUUCUCAAGCUGCCAUCGAAACUACCACAUCCAGCAUGAUUUUUCUUCAACAGCUCGCCGUUGUUACCUUGGCAAUUGGCACCGCCCUUGUCGACGCCCAAACCAAGACCGGAAAGACGACCAGAUACUGGGACUGCUGUAAGCCAUCAUGCGGAUGGUCAGGCAAGGCCUCUGUGAGCGCGCCUGUCAAGAGCUGUGACAAGAGUGACAACCCUCUUGCCGAUAUGGCAGCCAAGAACGGAUGCGAGUCUGGAGGCACUGCCUUCAUGUGCACCGAUCAGAGUCCAUGGGCAGUCAACGACGACCUUGCCUACGGCUUCGCUGCUGUCAAGCUCGCAGGCGAAAGCGAAUCAUCCUGGUGUUGCGCCUGCUACGAAUUGACCUUCACAUCCGGCGCAGCGAACGGCAAGAAAAUGAUUGUGCAGGCGACCAACACCGGCGGCGAUCUCGGUGACAACCACUUCGACCUGCAGAUGCCUGGAGGGGGUGUUGGACUCUUCAAUGGAUGCACCGCUGAAUUCGGAGCUCCUUCCUCAGGCUGGGGUGCACAGUACGGAGGUAUUUCGUCGAGAUCCCAGUGCGACUCGUUUCCGGCGAAGCUGAAGGCUGGCUGCUACUGGAGGUUCGACUGGUUCAAGAACGCAGACAACCCAGACGUCUCGUUCAAGGCUGUUACAUGCCCUUCGGCUCUGACAGACAAGACUGGAUGCAAGAGGAACUGAGGAAAGGUUGAGACCGAAUGAAAAGAUGGGAGACUGACUGCAUGAAGGGGAGGGGAUUACGAAGAGUAGCUCGCAAUAGCGCCCGCUGUUGACGCGUGCGGUAUUGUUGAAGAAGGUGCAAUGGAGGACCUAAACAAGGGUCGCUCUUCGCUUGAGUGCGGAAUUGUUUCUGCGCCUGUCGCACGUCAACCUCAAACCUUAUCAUCUACGAUAUUUCAAUUCAAUGUCAAUGAAUGAAUAACGACACUACGAUGCCGUUUCAUCUGUUUCUUGUGCAUGUUCAUCUUUCCAAAUCUCUGAGACACGAUGCCUCGUCAGCUAAACUGGAAGUGGGGUUAACCGAGGGACGGUGUCCGCGGACGAACUGCACCUAGCGUGGCGGAUCCUUCGACUUCUUUGA